AAAUCAACCCCAAUGGUUCAAGUUUUGGAACUACAGACUCCCUAUGUUCGUACGCCUACGCCAUUAAUUCUUAAUUUAUUUAUUCUGCCAGAUUUCUCUCUCUGUCUCUGUCUUCUUCACCGAUCUGUACUAAAAUCGAGCUCAGUCCCUUUCUCUGAAUCUUCUCCGGUGAUAAUUCUUCAUCUUCUCUCUGAUUUUCCGGCGAUUUCUUGUUCUUCUUCCGGCAAAUCGACAAUGGGCAGAGGCGGUUCGCUGAGCGACAGUGUUCUGAAGAAGAUCAUCCUCUCCUACACCUAUGUCGCCAUUUGGAUCUUCCUCAGCUUCACCGUCAUCGUCUACAACAAGUUCAUCCUCGACAAGAAGAUGUACGAUUGGCCUUUUCCGAUUUCUCUCACCAUGAUCCAUAUGGGUUUCUGCGCCUCCCUCGCUUUCAUCCUCAUUCGCGUCCUCAAGCUCGUGGAACCGGUGUCGAUGUCCAGAGAUCUGUACCUCUCCUCAGUCGUCCCAAUCGGGGCUCUCUAUUCUCUCUCUCUCUGGCUUUCGAAUUCAGCUUACAUUUACCUCUCCGUCUCGUUCAUCCAGAUGCUGAAGGCUCUGAUGCCGGUCGCUGUGUACUCGAUCGGUGUUCUUCUGAAGAAGGAAGGAUUCAAGUCGGAGACGAUGGUGAAUAUGCUGUCGAUUUCGUUUGGUGUCGCGAUUGCUGCUUAUGGCGAAGCGAAAUUUGAUACCUGGGGUGUGAUUUUGCAACUCGGCGCCGUUGCAUUCGAGGCCACUCGGCUUGUUCUGAUCCAGAUUUUGCUCACCUCUAAAGGAAUCUCGCUCAAUCCCAUCACUUCUUUGUAUUACGUUGCGCCUUGUUGUUUCGUUUUCUUGUUAGUACCGUGGAUCUUCGUCGAGUACCCAAUUUUGAAGGCAACAUCCACUUUCCAUUUCAAUUUUGUCAUCUUCGGCACCAAUUCCUUCUGCGCAUUUGCCCUAAAUCUAGCUGUGUUCUUGCUCGUCGGCAAGACCUCCGCCCUAACCAUGAAUGUCGCCGGCGUCGUCAAGGACUGGCUCCUGAUCGCAUUCUCAUGGUCGGUGAUCAAGGACACUGUCACGCCAAUCAACUUGUUCGGCUAUGGCUUGGCUUUCAUGGGCGUCGCCUACUACAAUCACUCGAAAUUGCAGGCUAUGAAGGCGAAGGAGGCGCAGAAGAAGGCUGCUCAGGCCGACGAGGAGUCCGGGAAGUUGCUGGAGGAGAGGGAGAACGAUGGUCUGGGGAAGAAGAACGAAUCUGGAGAUUGAUUUCAGAGCUUAAAUGGGCAGAGAAUAUAGCAAUAAAGCAGGAAGGAGAGAACAAAAGAGAAGGAUAAUGGAGAAAUGGGGCAGCAGAAGAACUUGGGAUCUCCUCAUCAGCUCACGAAUUCAGGUUAUUGUUCUAGAUUUCUUCAUUCUCCAGUGUUACUUUUGGCUGUUAGUAAUAUUAUUAGGUGUUUGAGAUUUGCUUUUGUUGCUUACAAUGACUACAGCCAUUGAUGUGAUGUCUGUAGAAUGAAUGAAUCUCAAAUGCCAUUUUUCUUCCUUUUUAUUCUCAAAGCAUUUUCCCAAGUUCAAUUUUCUCUCUUACAUUUGUUUAGGAACUUUUUGAUUUUAUGAAGGUUCAGUUCAAUGCUUAUCUAUUCACUUUAGGCUGUAUUCAACUGCUCUCUUGUUAAUGAUACUGUGGAUUGGAUCUGGCUUAUGGAUAUUGUGGAGAAAUAACAACAGUAAAAUUUGUGCUUUGAA